AUGGCAGAAUCAGGAUAUAUAAAACCAGAUCCAGAGGAUGAAAAGGUGAUGCCGCCGCCAAUGGCCAUGGAGGAGGAUGAGUUGUUUGAGGACGCAGGCGACCUCGAGUUCUACGACAAGAGCCCAGGCAGCAGCUUCGAAACACUGUACCUCGCGCGCGUGCCCAAGUACAUGUGGGAUGCGUGGACGAAGCUCGUAGAAGGGCUGGGCGACGACGACGAGAUACAGAUUGGCACCCUGCGGACGUGGAACGAACCUGUACCCGACGCGUCCAUAGAAGGCGGCACGCGCAACGAAACCAAGCUUCGCAUGCUGCUGCAGGCCAACUGCCCUGAACACCAGGCACUUCCUCGCGAAUACGACCUGGAGAUUCUGGACCGAGACGUCAAGAACCACUUCAUUUUCAGCGAGGAGGAUCUGCCGGGGUACAAGGAGAAGAACAAGGCUCGCGCGGACGCUGCCGCUGCGGGGAUCCCUCAAUCGAUCCUGCGGCAAAGGCAGAACCAAGGCGUCGAACGAACGGAGAGGACAUAUGAUCGGAGGAACAGAUACCAGCCAUACUACCGCAAGGCUAUUCCCAAACGGACAAAGGUCUUCGGCAAGAUACAUUAUGAUGUUCGCGUCGAACCCCGAAAUAUCCAGGAAGAGGAACGGCUACUCGCCAGGAGACUCCUCGACGCCGAGACGUCCAAGACGAAACUCCAAAUUAUCAGCAGGAACAGCGCAUCCUCCAUCAUCAACCCAGGUACAGCUGGAUCUGCUACCUGGGGCGGAGGCUUCAUCAAAAAUGCACCACCCACCGUCAAAGCCAAAAAGGGCGAAGUUUUCAAGGCUGCUCGUAUUCCCAAGAACCAGCUUUUGGAUCUCAUCUUCGAUUGUUUCCGUCAGUAUCAGUAUUGGUCUAUGAAGGCCUUGCGUCAAAAACUGCAACAGCCCGACUCCUACCUCCGCCAGGUGCUCGAAGAGGUUGCGGUGCUGCACAAGAGCGGCCGCUUUGCCAACCACUAUGGCUUGAAUGAUGCGUACAAGGAUAAAGCUGGAAACGACGCUAAGGAAGAGGCUGCAGAGGCUGUGGAUGAUGGGGACGACGACGAAAAUGAGGAAAUGGAAGACGUGUUGCCAGCAUAA